GACUGAUUGUAUUUGUUUACUUUUUGCGAAAUUUUUCUAAAAAGUAGUGAUAAGACGCUGAUAAGGUGUUAAUAGUUGUUUUUUUUUACCUCAUGGUGAUCUAGAAAUUUUUAUUAAGUUAGAACAAUUAUCAAAGAUGUCUAAAAUUUUAUCGAAUCCAUUCAUAUUUAGGUCAAUACAGACUGUGAAACCUCAUGUUCCACUCAUCCGGUUCCGUAAGGGUGAGCCAGAUAAGAGACAAAUAGCAUCUGCAGACAAUAGUCAUAGUGGUUCAGGCACCGGAAAGAAAACAGGGACUGUCAAACUACCAGUAGUAGAAGAUCAUCAACUUCCAGCAAGGUUCUGGAGAGCACCGAUAGAUGAUAAAGAAAUUGAAGCAAUCAAUAGUGGUGGUGCUGUUUAGUUGAAAAUAUCAUUAUUAGAGAAAAAAGUUCUUAAUGUACAAGUAUUAUUUAUUACACUCAACUUGAUUGCCAUUUCAGUUAGAUUUUUCCAAUUGUUAAGGGGUUUCUCAGCCUCACUUUUACGUUGUUCUUUUCCACCGCUCAAACCUCAAUUCAUGAAUGCACUCUCCCUUGGUUCAAGUACCUUAAUUUUGUUCCAGUAAUGCUAAAUUAAAUAAAUGUUUUUCUGUUAUU